CGCGACGACACUUUUUUUCAAUCCCAGUAAAAAAAGAGUUUGAGCAGGAACAGAGUUGUGUAUAUGUAGCAGGGGGGUCCGGCUGCAUCUGGGGGGUGACUGUUGAUUUUUGUAUCCCAUUUUAUUUUUAUUUUUUAUUCACUCCUAAUUGUCCUCACUUCGAUAAAUCCACUGCGGACACGCGCAUCUGGACGUACAGCUUUUCGUAUAGACCAUGAACAAACUCUAUGUAGGGAAUCUGAGUCCUUCAGUGACCGUGGAGGACCUGAAGCAGCUCUUUGGCGAGAGGAAGCUUCCCGUGACCGAUCAGGUCCUACUCAAAUCCGGCUAUGCUUUCGUGGACUUCCCCGAUCAGAACUGGGCGAUUAAAGCCAUCGAGACUCUAUCGGGGAAAGUUGAAUUACAUGGAAAAGUGAUAGAGGUCGACUACUCUGUUCCUAAAAAAUUAAGGAGUCGGAAGAUUCAGAUCCGGAACAUUCCUCCUCAUCUGCAGUGGGAGGUCUUGGAUGGCCUUUUAGCACAGUAUGGUACUGUAGAAAAUGUGGAACAAGUUAACACUGACACAGAAACAGCAGUGGUGAAUGUCACAUACUCAACAAAAGAGGAGGCUAAAAUAGCUGUAGAGAAGUUAACAGAAGAGAAGUUUGAGGAAUACUCCUUUAAAGUGUCUUAUAUAUUGGAUAUGGAUGCUGCUUCGCCUCUGCCUGUGACUCGGAAUCGUCGGGGUGGACGGUCAUCACGGGAACAAGAUUCCCAACCGGGGACCUCUGGAGGCUCCCUGGGGCUUCGUCAAAAACAGCCAGACUUCGCUCUGCGUAUGCUGGUGCCCACACAGUUUGUGGGGGCCAUUAUUGGCAAAGAGGGGCUUACAAUCAAAAACAUCACCAAACAAACACAGUCUAAGGUGGACAUCCAUCGUAAGGAAAAUGCAGGAGCCGCAGAGAAGCCGAUCACCAUCCACUCCACACCUGAGGGCUGCUCGGCUGCGUGCCGUAUGAUCAUGGACAUCAUGCAGAAAGAAGCGGAUGACACAAAAGUAACUGAAGAUAUUCCUCUGAAGAUUCUGGCUCACAACAGUCUGGUCGGAAGACUGAUCGGGAAGGAGGGCAGGAAUCUGAAGAAGAUCGAAGAGGAGACAGAGACCAAGAUAACCAUCUCCUCUUUACAGGACUUAACUAUUUAUAAUCCAGAGCGAACCAUAAUAGUCAAGGGGAGUAUUGAGGCCUGUUGUAGUGCUGAAGUGGAGAUCAUGAGGAAGCUGAGGGAAGCCUAUGAGAACGACGUUGCUGCUAUUAAUCAACAAACCAACCUUAUCCCUGGGCUAAGCCUAAGUGCACUGGGCAUAUUUUCAACUGGCCUGUCAGUGUUGCCACCAGCUGCCGGGACCAGAGGCGUUCCACCCGUACCUCCAACUGGCUACAAUCCUUUUCUAGGUCACUCUUCACAGCUGAGUGGGUUGUAUGGCGUUCCACCUGCUAGUGCCAUUUCUCACCAGCACACACAGGCUCCUGAACAGGAGGUGGUCUACCUCUUUAUUCCAACUCAGGCUGUUGGUGCUAUUAUUGGGAAGAAGGGCCAGCAUAUUAAACAACUGGCGCGAUUUGCAGGAGCCUCUAUUAAGAUUGCACCUGCAGAGAGUCCUGAUGUCACUCAGAGGAUGGUCAUCAUCACUGGGCCACCAGAGGCUCAGUUUAAGGCCCAGGGUCGAAUAUUUGGGAAGCUGAAAGAGGAGAAUUUCUUUACUGCGAAGGAGGAAGUUAAGUUGGAGACGCAUAUAAAGGUGCCGUCUUCAGCAGCCGGGAGAGUAAUUGGGAAAGGUGGCAAGACGGUUAAUGAGCUGCAGAACCUCACCAGCGCAGAGGUCAUAGUGCCGCGGGACCAAACCCCAGAUGAGAACGAUGAGGUCUUUGUGAAAAUCACUGGCCAUUUCUUUGCCAGCCAGACUGCACAGAGGAAAAUCAGGGAGAUCAUCCAGCAGGUGAAACAACAGGAGCAGAAGCACCAGCAGGGCUCCUCUGUGACACAUCACUCCAAGUGACCGCCAAGGCAGCCCCAGCGAGCACCUGCCGAUGAAUGUAGCCCUCCCAACUGGAAUCAGACCAGACCGGACGAAGGGGACCGGCUGGGCAGACCAGCAGCCGCGGGAUCAAAACCAAAGAACUUCUUUCUAGGGGAGAUGAUGGAGCCACAGGCAGAAGGGCUCUGAGUGCACUGCCAGCUUGGGGAGAGGGUGGGGGGAGGAUGGAUGGAUGGAUUGGAAGAGGACAAAUGUUUUAUUUCUUGUUUUAACAAACCCUGACUAAGAGAAUAUUGGGCUAAUGGGGCGUCUUUUAUAAUGACAGUUAAGAAAGAAACAUGAAGUUUGCUCCAAGUAACUUUCUAAUUUAGGUUUAGUUUAGACUUAACUUACAGAUACGAAGCUCCAUUAAUGUGUACACUGAUGCGUUUUGAAUGAGUUGUGUUGUUUUUUUGGGGGGUAGGGAUAGCGUGGGUGUGCACAAGCAGUUGGGACAGAUUUUUUUUUCCUCAUUAAAGGACCUGAAGUUUGCAAUUAAAAAUUUUCUUAGCAGUAUUGUCACCAAUACACUAGAACAAAUACACUGUUAUCUUAAGCGAAAGUACGGUUGUUCUUGUUUUGCACAAGCUAUCAGACGUGUAGUGCACAUAUGCAGUUGUGAAACACACAUUUGUAAAAAAUACAAAUAGAGUAAAAAAUAAGAGUUACUCUAUUUGCAUUUUGGGAUACAUCAUCUAAAAAAAACACGUAAAGUUUAAGUAAGACCGGUGGAUUAUUAUGAAUCUUUGUUAUUUAGCCUGUGUGUGCCAACAGACAUUUCUUACUGUGCAUAUCUUACGGUUUUCAUUUUUAGCUUUCAUCUUGUUUAGUUUGCGCUUUUCUUCUCUCAAUUAUAUCAGCUAAUGGUUUCUAAGUAAGAAAAUUUCCCACAAAUGUUUUUGCAGCCUCUGUUUUAAGUCACCAAUCGGUGCUUUACAAACACACAGAGUUGGGGGUAUUCAAGUCAAAGUGACAGGCCUGUAUGCGUAAUGAUGUUGUAUUUGUGGAUUAGAAGCACCUCUUGUUUGCUUUAGUGGUGUAAAAAGAAUAUAAAGCAAGUAUUAGCGUCUGAAAGACAGCGCACCUUUUUCCAGUUUGGUGUCGGGCAUGGUGCACCAAAAACUCUGCCUUAAUCUAUGCUGAAACAAAACAAUUAGGCGACUCAAAAUGUGAUUGGAGCAUCAGGUUGAAGAAAACGACGACGGUGUCAAAUACAGUUUGAGAAGGCACUCAUAUGAUCUGUGGUACACACACGACAUUGUUUGGUUUAAAACCUCUUUGUCAGGGAGCUUUCUAAACGGCAUGACAGCUGUGAAUGUACAAUAUGCAGCCUUUUAGAAAGAAUGGCACCUUGCAGCGUUCAGUGAGCUGAUUGGUCAGUCGACUGGUUCAACAGUUUGCUGGAUGGCAGGCAUGGAUAUCCCUUUGUGUUUUAUUUUUUUUAUUUGUUUUCUUUUGACCAUGGAAGCUCGUGGCCUUAAACGUCACCGGUAUAUGACAUCACAGACAGCUCCCUCAUCCAAUGAGAGCGAAGCCUCAUCUUCCAGACGCAAGGGUUUUUGCCAAUACACACAGCUUCCAUAUGUGUGUAUGCGUGUGUGUAUAUAGAUACAUAUAUAUAUAUAUACAUAUAUAUAUAAAGAGAGAUAAAUAUUUAUGAAUCUAUUUUUCCUAUUUUGUGAUGAGAGCUAUUAAUAAGAAACAAACAAAAAAGUUUUUUUUUUUUUUUGGUGGAACACUGCCAUGUUAUUCUGAAGGGAAGUGUUUAUGACUAUGAAUAUUGAUAGUAUACUAACAAGAAGAACAGUAAGUGAAUUACCACAACACUUUGAUCAGAAUGUGAUCAGUGCGCAUGUCAGUAUUGUGAUCUACCUCAGGCGUCAGGGUACCUCAGUCCAAACUUUAAAUUCCCUUCUUUUCCACAUUUUGUAUGCCUUGUAAAUUGAAUCUUUUCUCAUUUCUUUUAAAUAAUAAAAAUAUCAAGAAAAAUUAUAGUCUAAAGUCUUCAGGUCAGACGAAAAAUGAUUAGACCUUACAGCUUUUAAAACCUAACUUUGUAUCCGAAUGUACCGCGUUUACCGGACACAAAUACAAAAUCAGUGCUAAGAUUUAAAGAAUGGGUAAUAGAGUCCACAUGACCAAAUAGAAAAAAUACAAAAGGGAUUUUAAAUGUGGAUACUGUGUACUGAUUUCUAGAUCAAAAACAAAAAAAAGGAUAAGGGGCGGUUCACAUUUCGCAUCUAAAACUGCGCAGUUAAUGCGACCGCAUCAACUUUUCUAUUUCUUUCUAGCGCGCUUUCCGACUCAACAGGCGACGUCACUAUCAAUUUGAGUCUUUAAAAACAUUCAAAAUAAUGUAUCUGUGCGCAAAAAAUCUGAACCGCCCCUAAAGGAGUGGAUUAUAAAAUAAUAUGGCUUAUUGUAAUUAAAAAUAUUAUCCUUAAGAAAUAACCUUGCCAGCUUUCUCUUUACAUUUUAUAAAACAUACAAAAGUACAAAAUCAGGAAUCGCAGACCAAAUUUUAUAACAAAGGUUUUUUACAGGCCUGACUCAAAUAUAGGGGUUGAUAUAAAAUAUUAAAGAAAAUAUAUAAAACAGCAGUCCAUUUAGUAAAAGUGUUUAUCUGUGCUGAUAAAACAAAUGCAGGUAUUGUCUCAGAUGUACACAUUGGCUUUUUCUCCUCUUCAUUUAAAGUCACGGUGGAUCUGUUGCCAGAUAUAUAGUAGAUAUGCUGUAAUCUGUGAAACCUCUCAAAUCUUGAGGUAUAUAUCACAUAAAUGAGCUAAGUAUGGAAAAGGUUGACGAAGAGAACAGAUGGUGACUAGGUCCAGGUGCAUGUGCAUGUAAGGAUGGUUUGCUUUUAUACAGUAAUUCACAAUAGGCUUUAUGCCCAGCUGCACUACUUCCUGAACUUCAGCCAGCUCCUUGUUUCCUGUCUGCCAUUAUUGGACAAACUGAUUAAUCCAGGUGUGCCUGACCUCAGUGGUCACAA